AUGUCCAAAGAUGGAAAGACGAAGAUCUCUCAGCGUACAGGAAGAAGUACUCAAAGCCCAAUUUGGUCUGUAACGCGACGACAGCUUACCGAACUUUCACCGCGACGGGAUGAUGAAAGCGGAACGACGCAUUCUUUUAGUUCAAGGACAGUAUCUACCACAGAACGUGUACAAAUGAUUCCUAUGCCAGUUGGUGCUGAGUUACCAGUGGAUGUUUUAACACCAAUAACCAAAAAAGAAGGGGUUUCGAACACAACAGUGCAACUAGAGGAUUCUGAAAGCGUGCCAGUGAUUAGCGGUGUUACUAUCGACGGAGUUCCGCUUUAUACUGGUAUCAACGCGGCAGGAAAAUUAGCAAAAUCAGUGGUGAAAACAAUGAUUACAACAACCACGACCACAUAUAGUUUUAUUGAAAUUGAUGAUGAUGAAGGAUUAAGAGUGGAAUCAGAAGAAAUGACUGAACCACAGGAGUCUUUGGAAUCUCCUUUAGACUACGAAAUUGUGAAUUUUGAUGACUUAAAUGUUGUUGAGGAGCACUUCAAAAAGAAAGAUUCAUUGUACGUGGUGGUUGGGAAGAAAGAAUCUCAAAGCAAAGAAGUAGACAGUAAUGAAUGCGUAAAUACCGUAAAUAUCGACUUGGCAUCCAACGAAAGCGAAGACUUAGCAAGCAUUGAAAAAAUAUCAAGUGUAGAAAUCGAAGGAUUGCUGGAAGAUGAUGAACCACGUCGCAUAAGACAUGACUAUGAAGCAUAUGAAGGAACUGUUGCAUCUACCAGCCGAGCAACUGAGAUCAGUCAAGAGCCACUUGAACAUUAUGUUAACAGAUGCGAUAAAAAGCCACCAUUACCGAAAGAGGAAGUUCUUCAUGAAGAAAGGAUUAGCCGAGAAAUUUCCACCGUUGUGGCUAAAUUUUCAGGAGCUUACAAGAAAACAUCAAUAGAUGGUCAACAUACAGUAUAUCUUGACCCUAAAAUAGACCCGAAAAUUCAACAAGAAAUACAAGGAGAACGGCAGCGAACAAUACAAUCACCAGGAAGAUUGAAAUCAUCAUAUACUGUACGCUUUUCAGGACCAUUUUGUAUACAAUCUGAUGAAUAUUCGUGGUAUGAUCGGAAUAUUUCUCAAGAAAGUCGACCAACAAAAGCAAAAGCAGGAAAUAGAGAAAGACGAGAUCAAGAACAAGUGGAAGGUCCGCCUUUCGAAACAGAAGCCAGAGAAAAACAAAAAGGGCAUGUAUGCAGCCUUCAUGAUACCAAAAAUAUUGGUGAACCAGAAAAUAAAUCUGGAGCUUUCCCGGAACCAUUCAGAAUAGAAAAAGAAUACAAACCUCUGAGCACAAAAUUCACUGCAGAAACAUUUAAUCAAGAAGAACCUUUUAUCAAAUAUCUGUCUGAAGAGAUUCAAGAAGGUUCAUCUGAGUUGACACUCAUAACACCUGAGUUGCAUACUGAUUCACUGAGAGAACAUGUCGCUAUGGGUGAUCUCAGUGAUCGUACCAAACAAGUAAUGCCUUUCAUAUUCGAAAAACCAACCGUCAAGGAUAACACUAUAAACAUAGAAGUUACGAGUGAACAUUCGCGAAAAAAACAACAAUACAUGGAUUAUGCUACAUCAAGCAGACAUAAAGAAUUUGCAGCUUCAACAAGUUUUGCCAUGCAACCGAGGGAAGAACUAACAUACUCUAAAAAGAGUGAAUAUCAUACAGAAGGAUUUGAUGAAUUAAUAGCAGAUCAUAACAAGUUUCAGACACCUAAAAAACUCACAAAAAAAAAAGAAAAACCAUUGUCCCGUCUCGAGCUCAUCACAAAAUUCGAACCAAUAGAGCAAAUUGACAGCAAUGAAAUGGACGAAAUACCAUCCAUAUCAACACGAAUGGGAUCUGAACCCUGCACAGAGCCGAAAAAAACACGGGAAGAUACCGUUCAAGAGAUAAAGAAAGACACAACUGAAAGCGAUGCUGAAGAAAAAAGCAAGCAUGACAUGAAACAUUUCCUGACUGAUCAGCCAGAAAAACAAACAGCUUCAACCAGUUUAGCACCCAACCCAGAUGAAGAACCUAUACAGCAUCUUACUACUAUGCAUUAUAGUGAUGGAUCUGAUGAAUUUGUACCUAUUGAAGAGAAAAGACCAUCAUUAGAU